GACUAUGUCGCUGUCUUUAAGCUGUAGUGUACACAAUCCUGUGCUGGGGAGCUCUUCAUGGCAUGCUGCUAGAAAGGAAACAACCAGAAGUCAAAGUUUGGUUUCAGUAAAAGGAGGGGAGACAUGACCCUCCACUCUUUGGUCACCCUGGUUUGGAGGCACCGUGCGAGAGGACUCGUAGGGAUCUUAAGCAUCAUCUUUCUGCUCAUACUCAUAGGUACUUACUUGGUGCAGCAUUUAAGGUAGGUAAUAGGAUUUCUUUUUUGACUUAUGUCUGUAGGAAUGAGAACUCUGAGCACCGAUGGUGAAUUAAUUAAUGUAAACGUGGUUUGUUUUCUUUUCAAAGUGCUAAUAAUUUGCAGAAAGGUUGGCGUAAGUUGCCAAUGAUGGAAACACCUAAUGCCCUGUACCCAGACCACGAUGGAAGAAGUGACUCUCGGUCCUCGGAGGUGCAGUCGAAAAAGGAUUCCCAUCUUUAUAAAGUUCUGAAGAAGAGGAAACACACGCCUCCUGUAGUUUUCCUAAAAACACACAAGACAGGAAGCAGCACCGUCCAAAACCUGCUGUUCCGCAAAGGGGAGAUGGACCGAGCUACGUUUGCGUUCCCCCAUCACACCUUCCAGUUCAGCUAUCCGGAUAAAUUCAGGGAAGAUUUUGUGGAGCAGUUACCCGAAGGCUCCACUCACUUCGACAUACUUUGUAGCCACAUGCGCCUCAACGUGGAGCCGCUGAAACGGCUGAUGCCACGCAACGCCAUCUACAUCACGAUCAUACGUGAACCCGUGGGGACAUUUGAGUCCGUUUUCUCUUCUUAUGCCUCAACCGUUCCUGCUUUCGUCUUAGCCAAGGAGGCAGCGGUGAACGGAUCAGCACUGUCAGCGUUCCUGGAGUCACCGGAGUCGUUCUGGGACCCUACAGAGCCUGGUAACAGCCUUGGAAAUAACCCCGUGAGCUUUGAUUUAGGUCUUGACACCCAGCUGUGGAACUUCUCCUGGCAGGCCGACGUAACUCUUCUCAAAGAGACCUUCCAGCUGGUCAUGAUUGCGGAGCACUUUGACGAGUCUCUGGUCCUCCUGGCAGACCUUUUAAACCUAAAACUUAAGGAUCUUUCCUAUGUCCGGCACAACGCUCGUUCCACUAAGGAUGUCGCCCCACUGGACAACACAAUGAAGGCCAAAAUACGAGCCUGGAACAGUCAGGACGCGCUGCUCUACGACAUGUUCCUCAAGUUGUUCUGGGAGAAGGCGGGGCAGUACGGGCUGGAGAGGCUGAGCAGAAACGUGGCUCUGCUGAGGGCAUCCACUAAGAGAAUCAGGCAGAAAUGUGUGGCCAGGAAAGAGGCACCCUCUGAGGAAGUGGACAGCUUUACAAGACCCUGGCGGACGGAUUCAGUCACUAUCUUGGGUUAUCGCAUACAGAAGAAUCUGACCAAGCAGGAGCAAAGAUUCUGCAUGCGGCUGGUGCUGCCUGAACAUCAGUACCAUCAACAUCUGUAUCUCCAGCAGUACGGCCGGGCCAUGAGGACUGUGUGAAAUUUAUUAUUAUUUUUUUUUUUUAAAAAAGCUGAAACAAGAGGAACUGGACUUUGAUGGAGUACCAUUCAUAUAGAUUGGAAAACGAAAACAGGAUCAAAACAGUUUCCUCCAUCUACGAAAGUAUCUGAUUGUUAACAGACCGUUAGGGAUGCGAGUUUUAGGUGGACGGCACCCACAGAUGUUCCUAUUUAAACCCAAACUCCCUGACAGUCUUGUGCAACUGAGAACUUGGAUGAAACGUCCUCGAAAAACUCCAUUUAACCCUUGUGUCUUUAGGAAAUACCAUCACCUAGUUGACUGGAAACCUUUACAAACAUCAAGAAAGUAGAUGCUUUAGUUUCUGGUGUUGCUGGACUUGCUUGAGUUUUUUUCUGACUGAUAUUCUUGGUUUAUAUUUGGAAAUAUUUGUUGGUGGUGCCAACUUGAAACUCACAUGUGCAGGGACCAGGUUCAACCAGAUACUCACCUGUAAUUGCUCAAAUUACCCUGGGGUUGUUUUUUUAGUGGCUCUCUAAGGACCCAUCAACAGCCAAGGGUUUUUACACAUUGACUCUGGAGAGUGUGCGUUCAUUAAUGGGGUGACUGGUUAAAAUAAAUAUCCUUAAGAAAGUUGAGACAAGUCCAGUUACCUUUGUUACAUUAUGAUUGUGUUAGUCUCCCUUGUACUUCAAGACUCAUCAAAGAAUGGACAUGGUCCUUCUGGUCCUCCU